AUGGUUCGAUUUUCAAGCAUCGCGUGGGCAUUUACCGCGUUAGUUGGCGCCAACGCAGAUUUCGUCUCGACAGACUAUGAAGGAUAUAACGAUGGAGAUUUGGGACAUCGACCACAUCUGGAUUUCCAUUCUAGCGACGAAUAUGCACCAGUGUUACAAGCCAAUGUGUGGAAUCAGAGUGCUAUUUCGGACACCGGCUCACAUAUCUUUAUUAAACAUGAUGGGAAUGCCUCGUCACCACUUUCAUCGCCGCUUAUUAUUGACGCCAAUGAUCUAUCCGCCGUGUACAUGAACCGCUCUUUCGAAAACGUGUUCGGCACUCGCGUCCAGGAGAAUCGAGGAAAGAAGUACCUUACGUUCUGGGAGGGGCAGAAGGGAGAUGGAAUUGGAGAUGGGUAUGGACUUGCGUUUGAUGAGACAUAUCGACUUGUCUAUAAGAUCUCGGCGCAGAACAUUCAGGUGCAUAGCGACUUGCAUGAGUUUGCGUUUACGGGGAAUGGGACGGCGCUUGUUACCGGCGUGGAUAAGGUCACGAAGCGGAGUGGUGAUUUUGAUCCGAGUUGGAAAACUCCUAGUCGUUUUGAGGUUUUGGAUGCUAUCUUCCAGGAGAUUGAUCUUGAGACGAAUGAGGUGAUUUUUGAAUGGCGUGCGCUUAAACAUGUUAACCCUAUGGAAUCAUAUGAGCCGCGAGGUUUUCGUGGAUGGGAUGCGUACCAUUUGAACAGCAUUCAAAAGACCGAAGCAGGGAACUAUCUCAUCUCAAUGCGCCAUACACACUCUAUCUUGCUUAUUGACGGCAAGACUGGGGACAUCAUCUGGACACUGGGUGGUCGACAAAACAAUUAUACCGAAAUACCACCUGACAAUGAAAUGGAAGACGCUGAGCCAAUUCUCAGCAUGGCUUGGCAACAUCAUGCACGCUAUGUACCUGGUACGAACGAGAUGGAGAUGACUCUAUUCGACAACCAUGUCGAAGAAACGACGCACGGCACCUGCGAUACGGAGUGCUCGCGCGGCUUGCAUAUCGCUAUUGACGAUAGCGCAUCGCCACCGACUGUCAAGCUUCUUCACGAAUAUCGGCAUCCAUCGCAGCUUCAGGCGCAAAGCCAAGGAAGUGUGCAGGUUCUCUCGCAUGCUCCCGGAGACAAAGACAUCGGCAAUGUGUUUAUCGGAUGGGGUAGAUGUCCUACAUUCACGGAACAUAGUGCCACAGGCGAGACGGUGAUGGAUGUACAGUUCUCGCCGUGGCAUAGCAAGGAUAUCCCCGAUGCAUUGGAUAAUUACCGUGCGUAUAAAAUGGACUGGGUUGCCACGCCGUAUUGGGAUCCGUCUAUUGCGCCGCGCAUGAGUCCCAAGGGCGAACUUAUUGUCUACGUUAGCUGGAACGGAGCGACAGAGGUAGCAGAGUGGGUAGUGAGAGGUGUUGAGACGGGACGAUCAUUGAGCUCAAAAGGCGAUGUGGUGACGAGAUCCGUGCGCACUGGCUUUGAGACCAAGUUGAUGAUUAUCGAAGAGAAGAAAAGUUGGCGAUACAUCUGGGCUGAGGCUUUGGAUGCCGAUGGCAAUAUUCUUCGAUCGAGUCAGAUUGUGGAUUUGGAGGGUGCCGCGCUGCCUAUUGCCGUUGAUGCUUUUGACGAGUUCAACUCCACGUUUGCCGGUUUCCUCGCUGCGGAAAAGGCUUUGAAAUUGAAGAUGAAGCAUCAUGGUGGAUUUUCCAAGACGGCAAUCGCUUUGCUUGCUACUGGGCUGAGCGUUGCUGGUGUGUCUAUCAUCGCGACCGCUGGCUUCUGGUGGUACAGAAGCAGAGACUACAACCGCUUGGAAGCUGAAGACUUUGCUCUGGAGUCGGACAAGUUUGCGCUGGACUCUGAUGAUGGGUACAGUGAUGCCGGUAUCGAUCCAUUUGACCAGAUUGAUGAAGAGCAAGCCAGGCAAGCUGUUGACUAUCGGCUAUCAAGAGACGAAGAAAGCCAAGCUCUUGUCUCCAACGCAGAGGACAGAGGGCAAUAG